AUGUUACCAAAGAUCUUUUAUCUGUCCUUACUACCAGCUGCGCUGGGGCAUCCGCAUCUCCAACCGCGGUUAGACAAUGGGCUCGCACGGACGCCUCAGAUGGGAUGGAACACCUACAAUCACUACUCAUGUUCCCCAAACGAAACUAUCGUGCGUUCUAACGCCCAAGCCUUGGUGGAUUUAGGAUUGGCAUCGCUAGGGUAUCGAUAUGUCACUACUGACUGUGGCUGGACCGUUGCGGAUCGACUGUCUGACGGAUCCUUGACUUGGAAUGAGACCUUGUUCCCAAAAGGCUUCCCCGCGCUUGGAAAGUACCUUCAUGACCUCGACCUUCUUUUCGGUGUUUAUCAGGAUUCGGGAAUCAAGCUAUGUGGCAGUCCGCCCGAUAAUGUCGGGAGUCUAUACCACGAGGACCAGGAUGCGAGGACCUUUGCAUCUUGGGAGGUUGACUCUCUAAAAUACGACAACUGCUAUUCCGACGCUGCAACAGGGUACCCAAACGUAAACUACGAACCGAGCACAUCACCGCAGCCAAGAUUCGCGAACAUGUCGCGCGCCCUCGCAGCACAAAAUCGCUCUAUGGUAUUCCAAGUCUGCGAAUGGGGUAUUGAUUUCCCAGCACGAUGGGCACCCGCGCUCGGUCACUCGUGGCGAAUCGGCAAUGAUAUUAUUCCCCACUGGAGGGCGAUCUACCGAACGUUGAACCAAGCUGUUCCUCAAACCAGCUUUGCUGGACCUGGACAAUGGCCGGACUUGGACAUGCUUUUUGUGGGCAACGAUAUACUGUCUAUCCCCGAAGAACAAACUCAUUUCUCUCUGUGGGCAAUUCUCAAGAGUCCCUUGACUAUUGGGGCUGCGUUGAAAGACGACAAUACUUCCAUAAACGACGAGUCUUUACAAAUUUUGAAACAGGAAGAGGUUAUUGGGUACAACCAGGAUUCGCUGGGUGUGAGUGCUAGUCUUCGACGACGUUGGACGGAGGAAGGCUAUGAGGUUUGGAGCGGGCCUUUGUCUGGUGGUCGUACUGUGGCGGCUCUGAUAAAUUGGAAAGACGAAGCAAGGGAGCUUACUCUGGACCUCCCUGAUAUUGGUUUGCAGUUUGCCGGCACGGUGAAGAAUAUUUGGGAUGGAACUACUGCCCAAAAUGUUAAGACCUCUUACACAGCAAAGGUUCAGAGCCAUGGAACGAUUUUACUCGAGCUUCAGGAUACUACAGCUUCUGGUCAAUAUCCGACGGACACGUUCGCUACAUCAACAGAGUGA